AUGAGGGCCAUUUUCAAAGUAAUCACUGCUUUGCUGGCUUGCAUCUUCAUGCUUAGGUACUUAGUUUGUCAACAAAAUGGUCCAGGAAACUUUGCCACAAACUUAGAGGCCGUAUGCCAGUACACACGAUUUCCAGGGAGCUCUUUCUUACAUCCCAAGUUGCUUGAAGGUUCGGUUGUGACUGAUUAUCUAGUUGAAAAGUACUCGCAAUCAAUAAGACCGUUGAUGGAGAAGUACCCUAACUCUCCUUUGAGGAAACUUUUGGCAUAUCUUUACCGCUUUUGGUACAACGUUUCUUCUUUUUUGAGGUUAAACGAGCUCUGUUGUUCACUACAUUCAAAAUUGGGGCCCAUGUUGAAUCAUCUGAGGAUCGCUUGGUAUUAUUUAAAGCCAUAUACGGAUAAUGUGAAAAAUGUGCUAGAAAACCCUUUUAAUUCUUCUACCAACUGGAUGAAAUAUGGCUCUUUUAGUGUUGAUAGUACGCACGUUAAACCGAUUUUUGAGACAGACUCGGAAACUGAAGAUUAUGACGACGAAGACGAUGAUGACGACGACGAUGAUGCUGACGACGAAAUUGAGACUGUGGAGAGGAAUCAAGAGUACGAGUUCGAGGAUGGACAGGAUGACCGCGGAAACUCACAACUCGUCACUGCUGCCAUUUUGCAGGAUUUUUCAAAGAUUAUUAUUGGUUCCGAUAACCAUGCAGAGUUAGAAAUAUACGAACCAGAAUCACUAAAAGUGGAAUACGAAGCAUGGAUCAAGGCCAUUGAGUCAAAAGUACGCAGGGCGGUAGCACUUUUGGAUUCAGAGAUACACUCUACGUUCGAAGCUCAAGUGCGGAAUAAAUCUACUGAAAUCACUAACAGGCUUGAUGACCUAAACAAGACAGUUGGUGAGCAGUUAAGGUUUUUGGAUUCAAGGAUCAAAGACAUUAAUUGUACUUCUAAAUUUGAUCCUGAACGGAGUAAAAUAAAGUACUUUGAUGAAUCAGGCCAGUUUGAAUUGGAGGCUUAUGUUACUAAAUCUUCGAUUACAUCAAUAUUGAAAAACUACAAAUUACAUUUGUUAGAUUUUGAGAAUUCUCUUUUUUGUUCAUUAGACUCUUUCCUUACUGAAAUGGCGAAACUGGCGGAAUCGAUUCGCCUUGAAAACGUCGAAGUUUACGAGGAGUGGGGGGAUAUAAUGGUAAGCCAAUGGUCACAGAGAAUGGCAUAUAUGGACAUAAGAAGCUUACAUUUGAAAGAUCAGUAUGACUCUGAAUAUGUCGAGGAAAAUCAUUUGAAUUGGCAUCGUUUUAUGAAUUUAAAAAAGAAAGUUAUUUCAGAGAGGAAUCGCCUAAUCAAGCAUGAUUUAGACAUGACUUUGAUAUUGGAAUGGAUAACCAAACUCAAAACUGAUUUCCAAAGUACGAAGAAUAGUAUUCAGGAUACCUUUGCACAGAGAAUGAAUGCAGCAGAUACUUUUUUCAGGGACCGUGAAAUAAGGGAGCAGCUAGAAGAAGAGUUUGUACGACAAGGACGUUGA